GCAACACAAGGCAUUAUCGUAGCCGGUGGUCAAGGACAAGGAAAUAGUCUUACACAAUUGUACUAUCCUAAUGGAGUCGUUGUCGAUCAAUUGGGUACUGUCUAUGUGGCUGAUUCUUGGAAUGAUCGAAUCAUGCGUUGGUCAAAAGGAGCCACACAAGGAAGUGUCAUCGUUGAUGGAAACGGUCAAGGUGCACACUCGAAUCAACUCAAUUGUCCCACAGGUUUAUCAUUCGAUCGGUAUGGUAAUCUCUAUGUCGUGGAUUGCAAAAAUCAUCGAGUACAAAAAUUUAAUAUCGCAUGA